AUGCCACCCAGAUUGUCAAGGCCAUCUGAGUUGAACCGUCCUAAUCGCUUCAUCCUCCCGGUGGAGUUGACAGCGAUGGUAUUCAAAUUUCUUUUACUCAGCAAUGCGAGAGACACCGUAGCACGGUGCUCACGCGUAUGCAGAAUCUGGUACUGGAUUGCAAUCACUGUCCUGUGGACCCAUAUCGACCUUGAUUGGUUCCGUUUGCUCGCACCGUUCGAGCCGACCGGCGAAAGCCUUUACGAUUCGACUUUGAGUCUUGUUGGCGAAUCUACAGCGAGGAAGUGGGAACUCUUUUUGCGCUUUGCUAAGGCGACGAGGUCCCUCGACUUUCACUGGAACGGAAGGCCCUGCAACCUCGACACAUUCUUCCUCGACGAGUUCGCGUACUUCCGUGAUGAAAACCCCAUUUUCCCCAAGCUAAGGUCACUUAGCGUUGGAAUCAAAUCAUUCGUGGUUUCGUUCUACCCUCGCAGCCUCACAAAGCUCUCCCUUGACUUCGGCUCCACGCACGUCGACGAUUACAUCCUGGAUCGCGCUUCCCGAUCCCUGUCAUUCGCGAGUCAUCGUUUCAACAGUCUCACCGUCCUUGAUAUCCGAUCAGCCACGGUCCUGGAACAACCUUUGUUCGCGAGCGCGUUGGAAGACUGCUUGAUGCAGUGGAACACCCUCGUCAGCUUUGGCUGUCCUUUGUAUUUUAUCAGGGACCGAGAGCUGCGGAUACUAGGGCAAUACCCUCAUCUCAUGCGGGUCGGUGUCGACGUAGACGGAGCAGAGAGGGGGUUCUGGAUGAGUGAGGACCGCGUUCGUACCCACGAUCACGCCUAUCUCGACCUGCUCGCAUUCAGCCAGCUACGCUGCCUCGAGAUCGGGACCGCUGGUCUUCCCGCCCUGCGAUCACUUCUCUCACCCCUCCACCUCUUACUUUCACAACUCGAGACGCUUUGGGUUCGUGCUCCCUACCCUCUCCAGUGUCAACCCUCGCAUCUACAUGACCUGCUUGAGCUCCUAUCUGAUCAUUCCCCGAACCUCCGUCGACUCACGUUACGCCUCGCCGCUUCGCAUACAUGGAACCCCAAAACCGAGGAUGACAUUCGAGUUGUCGAAUGGCAGCAUCUCCAAUCAAUUACAAAGAUGCGGCUUGAAGUUAUCGAUCUUUUCUACACACUCCCUUUUCGCAUCACCGAUGCGAACAUCGAAGAGUUUGCGGCGAGCCAGCCAGAGGCCAUCUCGAUCGUGCUGAAUCCACAGCCCAUUUUUAUACAUUCGAGCUAUUUGACGAUCGCCUCCGUGGAAGCAUUCGCACGCUUUUGCCCAAAGCUACAGUCCCUUGCCCUCUACAUCGACGCUGAGACAGUCAUCCCUCGGUCUCUUCCCACGUCACAAUUCAGGUCGCUUGAGCACCUUCGCAUGGGCCAUUCGAACAUAGUAGACGGUGAUGUACGUGAUUGCGAGAACUGGAUCCAGCUGGUCACAUUUUUCCAUCAUAUACUCCCGUCAACGACCAAGAUUUGGUCCACUUACUAUGAUCAAAGGCGAGAUUUGGUCGAUGGUUUCACAUUCAUUGGACAACGCCAUUACGACAUCUAUACUUACGGGAGACGGUGGAAGUCCUUGUACCUCUGCACUCGUUGCAUGCCGAGUCAUCACGACGAGGAUGUGCAGCUUCAUGGAGGCAACGAGUAA